AUGCUCUUGCCGAUCAUCAUCUUCGAAUCGGGGUACAACAUGAAGACCAAGGGCAUUUUCUUCAAGAACAUCGGAACCAUUCUCAUCUACGCCAUCUUCGGAUCGCUCUUCUCCGCGAUCGCGACCGGCCUGGCGCUCAGCGGACUGUUCUCGCUCAAGCUGUUCGACCCGAUUAACAUGUCCUCCAUCGAGUGUCUGAUCUUCGGUUCGUUGAUCGCAGCCACCGAUCCCGUGUCGACAUUGGCUGUUUUCGGGGCGUUAUCGGUCGAGCCGAUGCUCAGCAUGAUCAUGUUUGGAUCUUGUUAUGAUCUUGUUAUGCGUAGCUAUGGCGAAUCGGUGAUCAAUGAUGCGGUUUCGAUCGUGAUGUUCAACACCAUGUCCAAGUUCCUGCUCACGCCCAUGUCGUUCCUCGCCAUUUGCGACGCCGUCUGGACAUUUCUCGUGAUGUUCCUCGGCUCCACGGUGAUCGGCGCCCUCAUCGCCUUGUUCUGCUGCCUCGUCCUGAAAUAUGUGCGCUUCCCCUCCGUGGUUUUGGAGACCAUCAUCGUGUUCCUGACCGCGUAUCUGGCGUUCGAGCUCACGGAGUCCUGCGAGUUGUCGGGAAUCACGGCUUCGCUCUCGUGCGGAAUCACGAUGAACUACUUCGGGCUUCGCAAUCUGCCGAAGGCAGGCCAGGAAUUCUCGCAGCAGGCGGUGAAAGUGGCGUCGUCGGUGGCGGACACGCUGAUUUUCUUCCAAGUGGGAGAGAACGUGUUCCUGAAAGAAACUAUUUUCGAUGUGCCCUGGAAGCUGGUGCUCGCCGUGUUCGUGAUUAUCAUCCUGGUGCGCGCUGUGAUGAUCUUUGGAUUCACGUAUCUCAUCAAUAUGAAGCGAACCAAGAGCAAAAUCAGCGUGAACUCGCAGAUUAUGAUGGUCCACGCCGGGCUGCGCGGCGCGAUCGCCUAUUCGCUCGCUCUUGUGUUCCCGUCACACAAUCAGGAAGACGUUACGCGCGUCACGAUGUGGAUUGUGAUCCUCACGAUCUUCACGCAGGGCUGCAGCACCUACGACAUGCUCCACUUGCUGCGCAUCCCGCUGCACUGCAAUUACGACACCAAUCCGCAGAACGCGGAGAACCGCAAGAAACGGUCGGUCAUGGCUUCGAGCGGAACGUUUGCCGCCAAAUUAACCGCGUGGAUCGAGAACCGCGUGAUUCCCUUCUUCACCAAUGAGCAGAAAGAGAUCGAACAACCACUACUAAAGUCGAGUAUUACACCAUGCAAUGAGUUUUAG